AUGGAUAGCAACCCACAAUACAAUUCAGAUCAUAUGCAAAUGCCUCGACUCACUGCGUCCCCUCAAGGCUCCUCACCACAAGUGCCCCUCUCAGAUUUGGGGUCACAAACACUUGGUGGGAUCAAUAAUAAAAGAGCCAGUGACCUGUUAAUUUCACUGUCCGUAGGUACAGAAAUUAACCGACUUAGAAUCUCCGAGCUUGCUUCGAAGGCAAUGGAGGAGCUCGUAAAAUUGGCUUUUGCUAGAGAGCCUCUAUGGAAAGUUGACACAGCGAGCAACACGGAGAUUCUUAGUGAUAUUGAGUACAUGAGGGAGUUUGGGGAUAUGAGUGCCACAUUAAUGGAGAUAGUGAAAAUGGUUGAGGUUAGAGAAUCUCAGUCUCUGCCAAGCUUGGACAUGAACAAUUCUGAAUUUUCAAUAGGAAGUCAAUAUAAGCCAAAAGAACUUGGACCAAAACCUGUUAGUUCCGAAGCUUCAAGAGAAAUUCGUUUGGUCAGAAUGAAUCCUUCAAGCAUUGUUCAACUGCUAAUGAAUUUGAGGCAGUGGUCACAAGCUUUUUCUAAUAUAGUCUCUAGAGCAGCGAUAGUGGGAGUUUUAUCAUCCACAGGAGUGCAAGGAAACUACGAUGGUACUCUUCAAGUGGUAAUUAUUUUACCUUACUAA